AUGAAUUUGGUUGACGGGGAAGAAAACAGCCACUCCAUAUCAAACGGUGAAGGCAAAACAGUCGCCAAAGACCACACCAAGGAUGGAUUAUUUACCUCGGAAACAAUAGUCAUCCCAGUCUCCCCGCCUGGAGUCUCGAUUUCCAACGGAACGAUUCCAGUGUUGGAGACCAAGGUCGCUGCCAACGGCAUUACAAAACGAGCCGCACAAAACGGGACGGCGCACGCGGUUCGAACGACGAGCGAUCCCCAAUCGCUCCGAGACGUGGCAAAAGUCAUCCGCUCGAAGAACGCAGGACCAUUCCAGCUCACGUUUGAUGUCAUCUUUGACGACCCCGCCGUCUACAAAGCGGUGAAAUCGUCCGGGCUCCUGAGCAGGGAUGCCAUGGCCCAGCUCUUCGGGAGGUCGGCAGAGGAAGUCGUCUACUGCGGCUUCUUCGACCAGGCGUUGGCGUUCAAGCUCACCCUGCCCAGGACGCGUGGGGGCCAGCUCAGCUGCUCCGGCGGGUACAUGGAAAGCGACGUCCAUGGAUCCCAGCAGUACAUGCCGCUCAUGAAGCUGCCGUUGACUGAGGAUCUCAGGCAUUCCCUACGAGCUUUGAAUUCAAUACGCACGAGCGAGGCACAUUGA